GGGUGGGGGGGUGUGGUUAGAUGCGGAGCCGGCGGCUGCGGGCCACGAAGGGCGGUGCGGCCUAGUGAAGAGGAUAGCAGGCUCUGCACUGAACCCGGGGCAGGCGAGGGUGGCCGGAGCCGAGCCGGAGCUGACUGCGGGGAAGAGAAAGAGGCUAAGGCCGGGAAGCGGCAGCGGGAGGGCAGCCGGCGGGACAGCCCCGGCCUAGGCCCGGCGGAGAUGUCCGGCUGCUGUGCUUGUACCUGCGCGGCCGCGCGACUCAUCACCUCCUCGCUCGGCUCCGCGCAGAGAGGUAUUUCUUGUGGACGAAGUCACUUCCCAGUUUUAGGAAGGCUGGGGACCUUUGAGACACAGAUUCUUCGAAGAACUCCUUUUAGGACUUUUUCAGAAACACCAGCAUACUUUGCUUCAAAAGAUGGGACUAGCAAAGAUGGUUCUGGAGAUGGAAAUAAGAAACCAGUGAGUGAGGGAGGCAGUAAAAAAUCAGGCUCUGGGAGUUCUGGGAAAGGAGGAAACCAGCUGAGAUGUCCAAAAUGUGGUGAUCUAUGCACACAUGUGGAGACUUUUGUGUCUUCCACCCGAUUUGUGAAGUGUGAAAAAUGUCAUCAUUUUUUUGUUGUGCUAUCUGAAGCCGACUCAAAGAAAAGCAUAAUUAAAGAGCCUGAAUCAGCAGCAGAAGCUGUAAAAUUGGCAUUCCAACAGAAACCACCUCCUCCCCCCAAAAAGAUUUAUAACUACCUCGACAAAUAUGUUGUUGGUCAGUCGUUUGCCAAGAAAGUGCUUUCAGUUGCUGUGUACAAUCAUUACAAGAGAAUUUAUAAUAAUAUCCCAGCCAACCUGAGGCAGCAAGCGGAAGUUGAGAAGCAGACAUCAUUAACUCCUAGAGAAUUAGAGAUAAGAAGGCGGGAGGAUGAAUACAGAUUUACAAAAUUGCUUCAGAUUGCUGGCAUUAGUCCACAUGGUAAUGCUCUAGGAGCAUCAAUGCAGCAACAGGUGAAUCAGCAAAUACCUCAGGAAAAACGGGGAGGUGAAGUCCUAGAUUCUGCCCAUGAUGACAUAAAGCUGGAAAAAAGUAACAUUUUGCUUUUGGGACCAACUGGGUCAGGUAAAACGUUGCUGGCCCAGACUCUAGCUAAAUGCCUUGAUGUACCUUUCGCUAUCUGUGACUGUACUACCUUGACUCAGGCGGGAUAUGUUGGUGAAGAUAUUGAAUCUGUGAUUGCCAAAUUGCUACAAGAUGCCAAUUAUAAUGUAGAAAAAGCACAACAAGGAAUUGUCUUUCUGGAUGAAGUAGAUAAGAUUGGCAGUGUGCCAGGCAUUCAUCAGUUACGGGAUGUAGGUGGAGAAGGCGUUCAGCAAGGUUUGUUAAAACUGUUAGAAGGUACAAUAGUCAAUGUUCCAGAAAAGAAUUCCCGUAAACUUCGUGGAGAAACAGUGCAAGUUGAUACAACAAACAUAUUGUUUGUUGCAUCUGGUGCUUUUAAUGGCUUAGACAGAAUAAUCAGCAGGAGGAAAAAUGAGAAGUAUCUUGGAUUUGGAACACCAGCUAAUUUAGGAAAAGGCAGGAGGGCUGCAGCAGCAGCAGAUCUUGCCAACCGAAGUGGAGAAUCAAAUACUCACCAAGACAUUGAAGAAAAAGAUCGUUUAUUACGCCAUGUGGAAGCCAGAGAUCUUAUUGAAUUUGGCAUGAUACCUGAGUUUGUGGGACGGUUACCCGUGGUAGUUCCUUUGCAUAGCCUAGAUGAAAAAACACUUGUACAGAUUCUUACUGAACCACGUAAUGCAGUUAUUCCCCAGUACCAGGCAUUAUUCAGCAUGGACAAGUGUGAGCUUAAUGUUACUGAAGAUGCUUUAAAGGCUAUAGCCAGAUUGGCACUAGAUAGGAAGACUGGUGCAAGGGGCCUCCGCUCUAUCAUGGAAAAGCUGUUACUAGAACCAAUGUUUGAAGUACCAAAUUCUGACAUUGUAUGUGUGGAAGUUGACAAAGAAGUUGUAGAAGGAAAGAAGGAACCAGGAUACAUUAGGGCUCCAACUAAAGAGUCAUCUGAAGAGGAGUAUGACUCUGGAGUUGAAGAGGAAGGAUGGCCUCGGCAAGCAGAUGCUGCAAACAGUUAAACACCGUUAAACCUUUAUCCCAUAGAAAUUUCUCCCUUUUGUUUUAAGAUCGUAACUGACUUUACAGUCUGACACUAAAGGCAUUGGAUCUAUCCUGGAUAUUAUACAUGGUCAGAAGCCUUUAGGAUAAGAAUCAAGAUCAUGUAUGUUAUUGUAACAUCACAUUGAUUUUAUGCAGUGGACAUUAUGUGGACUUUAAUGGCACAGUGUUCAAAAAUAAAAUGUACAUUUUUUUGGUUCAGUUUUUUAAAAAUAUGCUUAAACAAAAUUCUGAAGAGUUAUAUUAAGCAAUGCAGGUGUUGCCAGUAACUAAUGAAUUUUACAAUAAUGUUACUCUACAAAUGGGAAAAUAAAUUUCCUUACAAACUGAAUAUUGAUAUACCAUUAGUUCAACUUUUUUUAUCCACAUUUGUUUCCUGAAAAGAUCAGACUUUUUAUUCACAUUUGAAAUUGAAAUGGAUACUAAUGGUGACAUUAGUAAUGGAAAAGUGCCCAAGAUUACUGAAUUUUGAUGAUGUUUAGUUAUGUUCUUAGGCUGCUUUGCUAAUUCAUGACACCAACUUAACAGUUGAUUUCAGUAUAAAAGGCAAUUUGCUUAUUGGCCAGUCUGAUUUAUUGGCCAUUUGAGAUGCACUUCAAUGCAACGGAAAAGCAGAUGUAAUUGGAAUCUCAGUGAAUUUCUCACAGGAAAAACAAAUGAGGAAUAUAGCAUGUAGGUCUAUUUAAAGUAAAAUACUUUUAAUAUUGUGCAAUUACCUAAGGAGCUCUAGUGUGCAUCAGUUUUUUGGUGCUGGAUAUUUGUCCAACCUCCUAUUUCCACAUCAAAGAAAGAAAAUGUAUAUUUUUUUCUGUAAUCAGUAGUGAACUUAUUCAUACAAAAAUGACUUCUAAGUUGUUCUCAUUUCUUGUACAUCUUUUUCUUGGUCAUCAUUGUUUUGGGACUUGCAGCAAAACAAAGAGGAACAAAACUGAAUCUCUUGGAGGACUUAAAACAUGAAAAAAAUGGUCCUUUAGCAGAAAACUUAGGAAACUAGUAAAGGAGUUUUGAUUUUUUUAGAAAAUUUAAAAUACCAAAAUCUUCAGAUACUUUUCAGUUUUUCCCCUUCUAAGAUAUUGCUGCAGGUUUUAUUGUUAUUCAUCUUGUUAUUCGUCUAGUUUGACUUUUUAAAAUUGAAUUUAACACUGAUUUAAACAUUCGUUUAUUUUCAUCAUUUAGCCUGCUUACUAAAGAUGAGGAUUUUCCUCAUGCAUUUUGUCAGGAAGAAAAAACAUUAAGCUUAUAACAGUUUAAUUACAAGCCCUUAUCUUGUACUGAAGAGCCAAUUUAAUUAGGGCUUUUACAUGACUUAGGUAAUAGGAGAGUUGUGAAAUAUAUCUUUGGAUGGGAUAGGUACAGAGAUGCACAUUCACCAAGUCAGGUUUGUGUAGCAAUGAGCAGGAACAAGAAUCCUACUUAGUCUCCCCAGUAAUGGUUAAAGUUACUUUCAGGAAGUCCUUGAUACAGUGUUGUAACUUCAUUCAUUACUUUCUUUUAUUAUAUAAUUUUCCUUUUUGUAGAGUGGGAAAAUCGAAGUAGAUUUUUAUUCUUUUGAGGAUAAUCCUUCAGAAAUGGACUGGGAGACAUAGUGACAACAGUAAAACAACUUGCAUUUAGUUUUGGAAGUUGUUUAUAACAUUAUGAUCGAUGUUUUUAAAUCAAAGACAAAUGUAAUGUAACUACAAUUUGUACCUUGGAACUUAUGUUUUGGCAUUUGAAUAAAACGAAGCUAUUAAUGAAA